GUGCGCGCCGGCGGCGCCUCAGAGCGGGCGGCACCGCGCACCGGCACCGGCAGCGCCGCUCCGCCGGGCUGGGGGCGGGCACCAGGCACGGAGCGACCCGUCCGUCCGUCCGUCCAUCCAUCCAUCCCCUCAUCCAUCCACCCAUCCAUCUAUCCAUCCCUCCAUCGCCCCCCGCAUCCCGGCAUCCCGGCGCGCUGGGACCGCGGCGGCAGCAGCGGAUGUGCAGCCCCGGGGGACAACCGCGGCAGCGCCCGGCCGGCGGACCAUCUUCAGGCACUGAUUUACAGAAGAUUCUAAAACACUGAGGAGCAGCUGAGAGUCUUCAGAGCAUUUCUUGACUUCACUAAACUCAGAAAAUCAUCUUUCACCUUUCUGGAUGUCCAAGCCUUUCACCUCAAACGUCAAGCUUUACGUUUCCUGCCUGACAGGGGAUCACCCUCUUCCUCCGUGGGGAUUUUAGGGGGCCGGGGAGCUGAACCCCCUCGCUGGCCAGCAUGGCAAAGGCUAGAGUUGUUUUAACUGUGUGCCAGUUGGUGCUAGAAUUGUUAAUGAAUUCAUUAACUGAGUCUUCCAUACAGAGCAGUGAAUGUCCACAGCUUUGUGUCUGUGAAAUCAGGCCCUGGUUUACACCUCAGUCAACCUACAGGGAAGCCACCACAGUCGACUGCAACGACCUCCGGUUGACAAAAAUCCCCAGCAACCUCUCCAGUGACACUCAAGUCCUCCUGUUACAGAGCAACAACAUUGCAAAGACCACAGACGAGCUCCAGCAGCUCUUUAAUUUAACAGAACUGGAUUUUUCACAGAAUAACUUCACGAGUAUCAGAGAUGUGGGGCUCUCCAACCUCACCCAGCUCACGACUUUGCACCUGGAGGAGAACCAGAUCACGGAGAUGACUGACUACUGCCUGCAAGACCUCUGCAAUCUGCAGGAGCUCUACAUAAACCACAACCAGAUCAGCAGCAUUUCUGCAAAUGCCUUCUCCGGCCUGAAAAAUCUUCUGAGGUUACACCUCAACUCCAACAAAUUAAAGGUUAUUGACAGCCGUUGGUUUGAUUCUACUCCCAACUUAGAAAUUCUCAUGAUUGGAGAAAACCCAGUGAUUGGAAUACUUGAUAUGAAUUUCAAACCACUCUCAAACUUAAGGAGUCUAGUUUUGGCAGGUAUGUACCUCACAGACAUUCCUGGCAACGCCUUGGUAGGCUUGGAUAGUCUUGAAAGUCUUUCUUUUUACGACAACAAAUUGGUAAAAGUUCCUCAGCUUGCGCUUGAGAAAGUUCCCAAUUUAAAAUUCCUGGAUCUCAACAAAAAUCCAAUUCAUAAAAUUCAAGAAGGGGAUUUUAAAAACAUGCUCAGAUUGAAAGAGCUUGGGAUCAACAACAUGGGAGAACUCGUGUCCGUCGACAGGUACGCGCUGGACAACCUGCCCGAGCUCACCAAGCUGGAGGCCACCAACAACCCAAAGCUGUCUUACAUCCAUCGCCUGGCGUUCCGCAACGUGCCCGCCCUGGAGAGCCUGAUGCUCAACAACAAUGCCUUGAAUGCAGUCUACCAAAAGACAGUGGAGUCCCUCCCCAACCUGCGGGAGAUCAGCAUCCACAGCAACCCGCUCAGGUGCGACUGCGUCAUCCACUGGAUCAACUCCAACAAAACCAACAUCCGCUUCAUGGAGCCUCUCUCCAUGUUCUGUGCCAUGCCCCCGGAGUACCGGGGCCAGCAGGUGAAGGAGGUGCUGAUACAGGAUUCAAACGAGCAAUGUCUUCCAAUGAUCUCUCACGAGACCUUUCCCAACCACCUGAACCUGGACAUCGGCAUGACGGUGUUUCUGGAUUGCCGGGCCAUGGCAGAACCUGAGCCAGAAAUCUACUGGGUCACCCCUCUGGGCAAUAAGGUCACCGUGGAAAGCCUCUCUGACAAAUACAAGCUGAGCAGCGAGGGCACCUUGGAAAUCUCCAACAUCCAGGUGGAGGACUCUGGGAGGUACACCUGUGUCGCCCAGAACAUAGAGGGGGCUGACACGAGGGUCGCCACCAUCCGGGUGAACGGAACGCUCCUGGAUGGCACCCAGGUGCUGAAGAUCUACGUUAAACAAGCUGAGUCCCACUCCAUCCUGGUUUCAUGGAAAGUCAACUCCAACGUCAUGACAUCCAACUUAAAAUGGUCAUCGGCCACGAUGAAGAUUGACAACCCUCACAUCACCUACACCGCCCGGGUCCCGGUGGACGUCCACGAAUACAACCUCACACAUCUACAGCCCUCCACAGAUUAUGAGGUGUGUCUGACGGUGUCCAACAUCCACCAGCAAACACAGAGGUCCUGUGUCAACGUCACAACCAAAAACGCGGCUUUUGCGCUGGAUAUUUCCGACCAGGAAACCAGCACGGCCCUGGCAGCGGUGAUGGGAUCCAUGUUUGCCGUCAUCAGCCUCGCCUCCGUCUCCGUUUAUAUUGCAAAAAGGUUUAAGAGGAAAAACUACCACCACUCAUUGAAAAAAUAUAUGCAAAAGACCUCUUCAAUCCCCCUGAACGAGCUCUACCCUCCACUUAUUAAUCUCUGGGAAGGUGACAGUGAAAAAGACAAGGACGGCUCUGCAGAGACCAAGCCGACCCAGGUCGACACAUCCAGAAGCUAUUACAUGUGGUAACUCAGAGGAUAUUUUGCUUCUGGUAGUAAGGAGCACAAAGACUUUUUUGCUUUAUUCUGCAAAAACGACGAGUUGAAGACUUUUGUAUUUUUGACUUUGCUAGCCCGUGGCAGAGCGGUGAGGACAGGUGGAUAUUUCAGGAUUUUUUAGUAUAGCGUAUCGCAAUGGGUUGACACAAAUGGCAGCUUCACCUAGCUUCCAUCCUCUGUUUAUUUUAUUCUUUUUCUCCAGUUUGGCUUUUUUUUUGGUUUUUUUGUUUUUGUUUUUUUUUUAGUUAUUGUGCUAAAGUUAACACUGUCCUAACUCCAGUGCUGAAUAAGAGAAGGAGGGCUGGGUGAGCCCGCGUUGCCCGGAGCCAUCGCGGGCAGGAUGGCACCGAGCUCACCCCCAGUUUUGGACCUGCAGUGAACGAGGUCUGUGACCCUGGGCUGAGGACUCCACCCCGAGAAAAGGACACCCUGAAUGACGUUAGUUGACUGUACUGUAAUGUUGUAUCAACUGAUUUGAAUGUUUUUGACUUGCAGCAAUGAGUUUUCUUUUUUAUUAUUAUUUUUGUAGUAGUUGAAGGCUUAGGUAAAGCUAACAGGCAAUAGGGAUAAGUACAUCCAAUUUUUUAAUGUAACAGACUAAAUGUUAAUUGUUCUUAUUCUUUUUAUUCUAUUUAGUAGACACUUUGGAAGAAUUACUAGAGUUUUGUUGUGUUUAAAUCACCAACACACGGUGUUUAAUGAAGGCAGAGCUAUAAUAAAUUUAGUUUUGUUCUGAUGUUUUUAAUUUAGAAAUCACAAUAAUGUAUUGGGUUUAGAUGUCACUAGUUUGACUGGUGACCAUGUUUUGACAUAAAAUAUAUCCAAAAUGUUAUAUAAAAAAUAUCAUGGGGUUUUUUUUCUUGAUGAAAUGAAGUUCCAGGUUCAGGUUUUUUAUGCAUUUAUGUUAACAGCAGUGUUUUCUCUGCACUAGAGGCAAAAUACGGAAAAUAAUUUAUUGAGAAAAAUAUCUCAGCAUGGCCUUUGGACUGAGAGUCACAUGCAGAAUCAAAACUGUGUGGCAUAGGGUACACAGCAAGAAGAACUCACAGAGUGUGAACAGGACAUUUUCCUUUUUGUAUACUUUUCUGUUUAUAUUUUGAGCUAAGAUAAAAAUGAAGCUGACAUUUAGCUGUCAUUACCAGCAGUUAGGACAAAAAAAACUCAGUGCUACCAAACUGAAAUAAACCAGUUGAAUCUUGGAAUAUACUUGAAAAGAAACUUAUUUGGAAUAAUGCUCCUCCAAAAGCAGAAAUUAAGAUUAAAAUUACCAAGCCAGUUGCAUUUGGUCCGAUACUGAACUGUAUUUUUUACAGGCUUAAAAUGAAUCCAUAUUCUGGGUAUUUUCCUGAAUUGCUGUGGCACAGGAGAGCAGCAGUGAUCUGUGUGCACUGGGUACAAUAUAAAGGCAUCAUUUACAGUUGAACCUA